GGAAUCCAAGUGCUUGCGCGUCCCUUGGGUUGUUUCCGCUCUUUCCUUUUCGGGAAGCAACAGAAACGGAAGCCGUCAAUCCUGGGAAAGAUCGUCCUCCCCCCCCCUCCUCCAACUUAGUAUCUUCCAUUUGCCCCCGGCUCCCGGGACCUGCGGGCCGGCCGAAAGGGGUCUCGAGGGGGGUGGAGGCAGAGCCGCAGCUCAGACAGGGCUCCACCGCGGUCCGCCCGCUCCCAGCCCCGCUCCCGGUCAACCCAAAGCCGCCGGAAGGGAGGUGCCGGCAAGCCAGGUGCGUACCGCGUAACGAGCCGGAGGAGUCGCGAGGUGGCCGGGCGGGGAUGCUUGGAUCCACUGACCUAUAAGCGCCCGGCCGAGUGAGGACCGUCUGCAGCUCCUCCCGGGACCCCUCGCUCCGCAUCUGUUACCCGGGGAGCGCAUGGAUGGAUUCCCAACGGAAGAAAAAACGGACCGGCUUCACCAUCGGGCUGCUUUUCCUAUCCGGAGGGAUCGAGUAUGCGGUGAUCCUGCCAACCAUUUGGGCCUAUCUGCAAAAGCUCAAUGCUGAACCGUACUACUUGGGCCUGGCUCUCUCUGCCUUUAGCUUUGCUGGAUUAAUCACAGGUCCCUUCUUUGGAUACUGGUCCGACCGCACCCAUCGAACCAAGGGGAGCAUCAUGUUUGCCAACUUGUUUCAGAUAGCAGGAAACUUCAUGUACUUUGUUGGUGGCUCCAAAUGGAUGCUUCUCAGCAGCCGACUAGUAGCAGGUGUGGGAACUGGAGCAGGGGCCUCCAUCUUUGGCUACCUCACCCGCUCUACCACUUCGCAGGAGAGGUCCAAGGUCUUUGCGGCCGUCAUGGCAUGCCGCCAGGUUGGGCUGCUUAUUGGACCAGCCUGUAACCUUUUCCUGCGCCUCUGCAAUUUCCAUCUGGGGCCUUUUGUGGUGAAUAAGUUUACAUCCCCCGGG